AAGAAAGAAAAAGGAAAAAGAGAAGAGAGAAGGAGUCCUCGGCUUAGCCGGAGCGCGCACUCCCAGACAGAUGCAAGGUGCCUGCCAGUGAGUGGGUCCCAUCCUAGGCCCACAGUCCUGGCCUAGAUCUUUUCCAUGAUGGAGAAGGUGACAGACAAUAUCUCACGGAAGCACUCUGAGGCCAGUGUGUUUGCGGAGAGUCACUGCCAAAAUUGUUCUGAGGUCCAGGAGGCCCACUAUGACCCCGGCACACAGCAGGAGACAGGGACACCUCUGGGGGCCGAGGUCCCUUACUGUGACCUGAAGCGAGGCCCGCAGCACCCCAAGGAUACCCUCUGCAUCUUGAGCCCCAGCUGUGAGUUGGUGGUGGCCACUGCUCUGGGGCAUAAGCCUGAGAGUUUGGGGGUUCCAGUGGAGUGGCCCUCAGCAGAGAGCCCCGUGACCCAGCCUGGGUGCCAAGAGAUUGGGAGUGGGGUACCCUACCUAGAGAGCCUCACCUGCACACAGCUGAGAAACUCCUCAGAGGCCAGCCAGGCCGGCAAAGUCGCUGCCAGCACCAGCCCUGACUGCAGCCCGGGCUCCCACUGUCCUGAUGAGAUCAGUACCCCAGACGCUGUGGACUUGGAUGCUGCCGACUGGCUCAAUAAGCCCCGGGACUCUGAGAGGCUCAUCAUGAUGUUUUCUAGGCAUCAGGAGCGUGCACAGGCUGAUAGUCCCCGGAAGGCUCCAUCCUCCAUUUCUAGGGCAUCAGCCUCAGGUGAUACUCCGGGACUAAGGAGGGAAGAUUCUAGUCAUGGGAACCAGAGUUCUAGGGAGAGCCGAGUUAAGUCUUGUGGAGAGAGUGGUUACUUCUCCUUGGAACGGAACAAGUUGGAUUCAGCCCAGACCUCCCAAAGUCUACAAAGUGGAUUUAGAAGUAUAUCACGAAACCCUGGUCCUGCAAAAUCUGUAUAUCAUGACACACCCCAGACCUCAUCCUCGCAACGAUCCACCCAACGGGACACUACCAGGUCUUCAUCUCCCCAUCGCUCUGCCCAACGGGACACUACCAGGUCUUCAUCUCCCCAUCGCUCUGCCCAACGGGACACUACCAGGUCUUCAUCUCCCCAUCGAUCCAGCCAAUGGGAUACUACCAGGUCUUCAUCUCCCCAUCGAUCAACCCAACGGGACACUACCAGGUCUUCAUCUCCCAAUCGCUCCGCCCAACGGGACACUACCAGGUCUUCAUCUCCCCAUCAAUCCACCCAAAGGGAUGCUCCCAGGUCUUCAUCUCCCCAUCGAUCAACCCAACGGGACACUACCAGGUCUUCAUCUCCCCAUCGCUCCGCCCAACGGGACACUACCAGGUCUUCAUCUCCCCAUCAAUCCACCCAAAGGGAUGCUCCCAGGUCUUCAUCUCCCCAUCGAUCCACCCAACGGGACACUACCAGGUCUUCAUCUCCCCAUCGCUCCACCCAACGGGACACUACCAGGUCUUCAUCUCCCCAUCAAUCCAGCCAACAGGACGCUACCAGGUCUUUAUCUCCCCAUCGCUCUGCCCUACGGGACACUACCAGGUCUUCAUCUCCCCAUCGAUCCACCCAAAGGGAUGCUCCCAGGUCUUCAUCUCCCCAUCGAUCCACCCAAAGGGAUGCUCCCAGGUCUUCAUCUCCCCAUCGAUCCACCCAAAGGGACGUUCCCAGGUCUUCAUCUCCCCAUCGAUCCACCCAAAGGGAUGUCACCAUAGCCUCUUCUCCACAUCAGGCCACCCAAAGAGAUACCACCAGGGCCUCUUCUCCUCAUGGAUCAUCGACCCAAAGAGAUACCACCCAAUGCUCUUCUACCCAACGAGACAAACCUAGACCCUCUUCUACUCUACGAGACAAUCCCAGGGCUUCCUCUCCCACCCAGCCCACCCCAAAGGACAAUCCUCGAGCUUCUUCGAGCCAACGAGAUAAUCCUCGAGCUUCUACUCGAGACAACCCUGGCACUUUUUCUUCUGCCCGAUCCAUCCAGCGGGACAAUCUUCAGGCUUCCUCCGGCCAACGGGAUAACCCCAGAACCUCUUCUACCCGAGACAAUCCUUGGUCUUCCUCUCCUGCCCGGACUAUCUCAAAGGAUAACCCUCGGGCCUCUUCCACCCAGCGGGAUAAUCCUCGAUCUUCUUCUAUUCAGAGAGACAAUCCUGGGUCCUCCUCUCCCAUGCGAUCCAGCCAACGGAGCAACCCCCGGACCUCUUCUUCUCACCGCACUAACCGUGACAUUCCUUGGGCCUCCUUCCCCCUCCGCCCAAUCCAAAGUGAUGGACCUCGGGCUUCUUCUCCAGCCCGCUCUAAACAGAGCGAGGUCCCCUGGGCCUCCUUUCCUCUCCGGCCGGUCCAGGGUGACAGUUCCCGGACGUCCUCUCCCACACGCUCAUUUCAACUUUCCUCCAAAACCAGCCAAUGUGACACUCUAACUCGGGGUUCCAGUUGCCAGAGCGGCCCUCGAAGCUCCACCCCACCUCUCUCUUCCACACGUACUGCCUCCCAGACCUCGUCCCUCUCGCGUUCCACCUCCCUCGAUUCUCCUAACCCCCCCUCAAUCGUGUGCAUUGGGCACCGAGAUGCACCCCGGGCAUCCUCGCCCCCCCGAGUCUCUCAGCAUGACCCAUUCUCAUUCUUCCCUGAUCCCCCUGAUGAUGAGAGCCAAUUCCCCCAUCACGAACCCCCCUAUAUCCCUCCAGCUGUCUGCAUCGGGCACCGGGAUGCCCCUCGGGCCUCCUCGCCCCCUCGCCACUCCCAACACGACCCUUUUCCUUUCCUCCCAAAUACCUCAGACACUGCAGAGAGCCAAUUUCCUCAACAUGAUCCUCCCCAGAUGCCACCUCCCGUGUGCAUCGGGCACCGGGACGCCCCCCGGGCCUCAUCUCCCCCACGCCAGUCCCAGCAAGAGCCUUCUCUCCUCUACCAAGAUGUCCCUGGAGCUAGCUCAGAGAGCCUAUCUCCCUCCACAGGUUCUGUGCACGAACCCCCCCACAUGCCACCUCCCGUGUGCAUCGGGCACCGGGAUGCCCCUCCCUUCUCUUCUCCCCCACGCCACACUCAGCAUGACCCUUCCCUCCUCUACCAGGACCCCCCCGGGGCCAGCUCUGAAAGCCUGGCCCUCUCUAUGGAUUCCCAGCAUGAGGCCCCCCAGAUCCCCACUCCUGUGUGCAUUGGGCACCGCGAUGCCCCGCUUUUUACUUCCCCUCCACGCCAGGCCCACAAUGACCCUUCCCUCCUCAACCAGACCCCUCCGGGUGCCAGCUCCGAAAGUCUUACCCCUUCUGUGGACUCCCUCCACGAUAGCCUCCAGCCCACCCUCCACGUAUGCAUUGGGCACCGAGAUGCCCCACGUGCCUCCUCCCCACCCCGCCACUGGGACCCCCCGGGGGCUGCCAGGUAUUCCUCCCCCCAGCCAGGGCCCUCUGGUUCCAAGGGGGCUGGCAAUGGGGAGGGCAGACAUAACCUAGAACGGGAGGAGUACACGGUGUUGGCUGAUCUCCCCCCUCCCAAGAGACUGAACCAGAAAGAGGCCGUGGGCAAGCCAAACGGCAGUGCCAGCAACCGCACCCGCAGUCCUGGGCGGACGGAGGUGGAGCGCAUCUUUGGAUAUGAGCGCAGGAAGUCUGACGCCCUGGAGACAUACCAGGCUCUGGAAGCAGGGAGGUCCCCGAGAGGCGGUGGGCGAGCAGCGGGGCAGCUGCAGCGCAGACAGUCCAGCCCAGCUCUGUGCCGAGAGGUAACCAAGAAGCCCCCCCAGACUCCAGAACAGACCCGGAAGAGGGAACCUCCUCACAGCAAGAGCCCUGAGAGACACCCCGAGGGAGACCGGCGGAGCAAAGCGGGGUCCGCGCCCCCCAAGAAUCUGGUCAGACUCCCGGAGAGGGAAUGCAGAGCCCGGGGUCAGCUCGUGCACUCCAAGAGCCUAGACAUCCCCCCCGAGAACGAGCGACCGGGGCAGAGGCAGCCCCUGGGUCUCAGGCACUUGGGAAAGUCAAUGGAAGAGGAGUGGGGGCCUGCAGAGGAAGCCUGCGUCCCCAGGUCUCCCAGCAGGCACCCGGACAGGGACAGGGCCCGUGCAGAGAGGGGCCUGGAGAGGAACUUCCGAGGCCAGGAGGGCCACUUCUGCACCAGGCCUCUGGACAUGUAUCCAGACAGCCAGUGGAGAGGCCCCACCAAGGAGAUCUUGGGCUGCUGGCGGGCGCUGGCCGAGCAAGUGUGCUGCCGGCGGCUGGAGCGGCUCCGCCAGAGCGGGCAGCUGGGGGACUGGGAGGAGCUGGCCCAGCCCGGGAGGGCCGUGUGGGACUGCAACGGCCUCGGGGAGCUCGGCCCACCCCCUGUCCCAGACAGGCCCGCCAAGGUAUCCUGGGGAGGCCUGGGGGAGCUUCCCGGCUCCCGGAGGCUGGAGAGAGCGGACGAGAUAGACUGGGCAGGCCUGGCGGACUUGGACCUCCUUCACAGGCCCGAGAGACCCUCGGAUGUGGACUGGAGGGACCUGGGAGAGCUCCCUCAUCCUCGCAGCCCUGAGAGGCCUGUGGGGACCGACUGGGGGAGUCUGGGGGAGCUGCUCGGACCCAGAAGCCCCGACUCCUACCGAGAGAUGGACUGGGGGGGCCGGGGGGAGCCCAUGCUUACAGAGGGAUGCUGGCUGGAGAAUGGGGGGGCCAGGCCCCCCAGGGUCCCCAAGGAGGCCCCGGAGAGGGAGUGGCAGAGUGCCCCAGAGCCCGCCGGCCUGGUGAUCCACGACAGGCAGGCGGAGGUGAACGGGUACAGCCCCGGGGAGCGCCUCCUCAGCCCCAUUCCUUCAGUGGAGGAAAACGGGGCUGACUCGGGACAGCCAAGCGGCUCAGCCCCGUGGCCAAAGAGCAGAGCAGAGAGCCUUCCGAGAGCCGCGGAGCCAGCUGCUCUGCAGGAGGACCAGGACAAGAUGGCCAACGAGCUACCGCCCGGCCCCCGCCCGUCUGAGGAGCCUGAAGCGGAGAGCAGUGUCCUCCCCAAGCCCGGACCUCCGGGAGCAGCCACCGGCCAGAAGACCCCCUUGGAGACCCCCUUGGAGACCGAGCAGGAGACGGCAGACACGGCAAACAACGUCCAAGCGAAGGGAAAGGCUGUGAGCCCCUCCAAGGGCCGACUGGUGACUUCAUGGCGCAUGCCCGGAGACCAGCCCACGCUGUUCAACCCGUUCCUGAUUUCCCUGGGGGUUCUCAAGUGGCGAAGGCCCGAUCUUCUCAACUUUAAGAAGGGAUGGAUGUCCAUUCUGGAUGAGCCGGGAGAGUGGAAGAAACAUUGGUUCGUGCUGACUGACUCCAGCCUCAAAUAUUACCGGGACUCUAACGCUGAAGAGGCCGAUGAACUGGACGGAGAGAUCGACUUGCGUUCCUGUACAGAUGUGACGGAGUUCGCCGUCCAACGCAAUUAUGGCUUCCAGAUCCACACGAAGGAUGCUGUCUUUACGUUGUCCGCCAUGACUUCAGGCAUCCGGAGGAACUGGAUUGAGGCUCUGAGGAAAACCGUACGACCGGCCAAUGCCCCAGACGUCACCAAGCUCUCCGACAGCAACAAAGAGAACACGAUCCACGGUUACAGCUCCCACAAGGGCUCCCUGAAGUCCGAGGAGCAGCGGCCGGCUUCCGAAGUCAUCGGCCGGGGACCCAACCGCAAGGCUGAUGGGCAGCGCCAGGCCUUCGAUUACGUGGAGCUCUCCCCGCUCAGCCUGGGCACCCCGCAGCGGCGCGGAGGGAGCGUCCGCGGCUCGGACCGAGGGGCCAAGCAGGACGAGCUCGAGCGGGACCUGGCCCAGCGCUCCGAGGAGCGCCGGAAGUGGUUCGAGGCCACCGAGAGCAGGGCCGGGGAACCAGGGGCAGGGGAGGGGCCCCGCAAGGUCCUGGGGGGCCCCCUCACCGAGGACCAGCAGAGCCGGCUGAGUGACGAGAUCGAGAAAAAGUGGCUGGAGCUGGAGAAGCUGCCCCUGAGGGAGAACAAGCGGGUGCCGCUGAUGGCGCUGCAGAGCAAAGGGGAGCAGAAGGGACCUUCGGGAGACUCCACGGAGGCCCUGGAGAAGGAGGUCCAGUCCCUGCGGGCUCAGCUGGAGUCCUGCCGCCUCCGAGGGGACAGUUCCCGGGACACACCCAAACCUCACGAGGACGGCCACAUCCCCCGGGGCUAUAUCUCCCAGGAAGCGUGUGAGCGGAGCCUAGCGGAGAUGGAGUCGUCCCACCAGCAGGUGAUGGAGGAGUUACAGCGACAUCACCAACGGGAACUGGAGCGGCUACAGCAGGAGAAGGAGUGGCUUUUGGCAGAGGAGACGGCAGCCACAGCCUCUGCCAUAGAAGCCAUGAAGAAAGCCUUUAAGGAAGAGCUAAACAAGGAGCUGGGAAAGACAAGGAGUCUUCAGCAAGGUCCAGAGAGUCUCCGCAAGCAGCACCAGUCCGACAUGGAUUCCUUGAAGCGAGAAUUGCAGGUUCUCUCAGAACAAUACUCCCAAAAGUGCUUGGAGAUUGGGGACCUGACCCGUCAGGCUGAGGAACGGGAACGCAUCCUACGGCAUUGCCAGCAGGAAGGCAAAGGGCUCCUGCGGCAGAACCAGGAGCUUCACUCCCGCCUGUCAGAAGAGAUCGGCCGACUGAGAAAUUUCAUCGCCUCCCAGGCCUCCAGUGACGGCCUAGGACGCAACAACGAAAGGAGUUCCUGUGAAUUAGAGGUGCUGCUCCGGGUAAAAGAGAACGAGCUGCAGUAUCUCAAGAAGGAAGUGCAGUGUCUCCGGGAUGAACUGCAGAUGAUCCAGAAGGACAAGCGCUUCACCUCAGGGAAGUACCAGGAUGUCUACGUGGAGCUGAACCACAUCAAGUCGCGGUCGGAGCGGGAGAUCGAGCAGCUGAAGGAGCACUUGCGCCUGGCCAUGGCCGCCCUGCGGGAAAAAGAGUCCAUGCAGAACAAUCUGGACAACUAGAGGUUCCAGUUGCCCCACCCCCGUUGGAUCGGGCCGCAGAAGGGAGACGUGGUCUCGCCACUCCCGAGGAGACCAGAAGCCAAGCUUUCUCACCACGCCUUCAUGGGCCGCGCGUACACACACAGACACACACACAGACACGGAAACACACACACUCUGCAGAUCUGAGCGCGCCCGUCACACUGGGUCUUAACUUGCACCUUCUUCGGGAUUUUAUAUGUGAAAAGAUUUUUAUAUAGAUUUUUUCCUCCCCUCCCCCCAAAGAAAAAACACUUUAUGUCCUUUUUUGUUUCGUUUUGUUUUUUAAGAGUGCCUAGGACCGAGUGGGCCCCUCCCACCCCGUGGCCCCCAGGCCGGCAGCCUCGGCUCGGUCCCGGGGUCAGGCGGCCCCCGCGGCUCAGUCUGGAAGAGGAGGAGUCAGCUUUUCCCUUCCCUUCCCUCCCCUUCCCCGCUCCCCACCUCCUUCACUGGCUGCCCCUGCCAUCCGGGGCCUGUGCAUGGACAGACAGACAGAUGGACAUUGGGAGGGAGGAGCUGGGACCCUGACGUCCUGAGCCGGACCGCGGAAGCCAAACAGUGAAGGCAGGGUGCCCUCCCUGCACAGCAAAACUUUUAACUUAAUAAAACAUCCUACUUA